UGCGCAGUAGUAGGUAAAUCGCGCCCGGCGUGUCAACCGCGCGCGUGCUUACAGCCGAUAGUGGCCGACCACCGACAGACAGGAUAGAACCGCCGCGGCAGAGGGAGAGUGAAAAACAUCGCACAACUUUAUAAUAUUAUCUCGAUGUUAUUUGCUUGAUUCGUAACUUUACCUCGUCGCGUUUCAACCGUCGCCUUUUGCUACUUGGGCAUAAACAGAAUAAAAAAUUCAUUCAAACUUUUUGUGGUUUUUUCGUCGACAUUUUUGUAACAGUCGGUUCGUGACAAUUGUGCGGCAUAUUAAAUUUUUUUUUCACGCGUCCAGUACCCGCACACGCUCAUACGGUCGUGUAGUUCGCGUGGCUCGCAUACAUUGUACGUAAGCAGGUAAUCUCAUCUCACCACAGCCUGCCUGUAUUGUACGCGUAAAGUUUUGUCUAUUACAUUAUAUAUAUACAUUUCUUGUGCAGUCGUCGCGAGCCAUCUCAUUUGUUUUUUUACACAUUUUGUUCCCGUUUCUCAGUCCUUGCAACGGUUCUGUCAAACUCGUCAUAGCGAACGUCCUCGGAACGUUCGCCGCGCCGCGUGAUUUCGAUCGGGGUUCAGACCUGUUGUACCCGGGCACGAUGUCUUGAGAGUGUGAAGUGACCGAGCGGAGAAAUAGUUCACGGUAUCCACAUGGCCGGGGCACUGGAAAUUCUUCAAGAAGAUGACUGGCAAGUGUGGCAGGAUACCAUCUCCUGGCUGGGCAACCCGGCGGCCCCACAGGCAUCGCCGGUAUACAUGUGCGGAUCGGGCACCGUCCCCGGGUUGGCUCCGUCAACAGACAGCCAUAGGCGAUGCGACCCGAUGGCACCUGACGUCGGAAACCAUCCUCUCGACGACGCACAGCACCAUCAGCACCUGGAUUCACCUUCGGAUGCUGUUCCCUACGAGGAAUUCAUUGAUCUGGACAUGUUGAUCAACUAUGUGGCUGACCAGCACAGCGGCACCAACGACCCCGUACCGCCGGAUGCCAUGAUGACGACCUACGCCGCGGACAAGCCGUACUACAACAGGUUGACCGAUUACAAUCCUGCCGAUUACAACGGAGUGAUGUACAUAUACUCACCCGGACCCAGCGGUGAGUGCGGUCAAGUGAUGGACGUCCAGCAACAGCAUCAGCACCAGCAGCAAAACAACCAUCACCUCAUCCAGCUACAGCAGCAACAACUACAGCUACAACUGCAGCAACUCCAACAGCAGCAACAGCAACAGAUAUCGCCGCCGGCCAGCCCACCAGACGACAGCGACGACGGAAACGCGAUCUCGGAUUCGAAGUUCUUGGUGCGCCAGCUGAUGGCCACCACGACGACCACGACGGCAGCGACACCGCCGACGCUCUUGUCGGCGACCAACGCGGCCGCGGCGGUUGUCGGCCGUCCACACAAGCAAACGGCGACGGCCGCUGCGACCGCGGCCGCUGUGUCCGCUGCGUACACGGCUACCAUGAUGACGCCUCCGUCAUCACCGCCCGAAGACGGUGUGAAAAUGGCGGCGGCCGUGGCCACGAAAGUUACCACCGGCGGCCAACGGUCGUCGAGGCGGACAGGAGGUGUCGGUGACCAGCGGCCACAACGCGCCAAAAAGACGUCGGCCAACCACUCGUGUGGUCACCCGGGAUGCGGAAAGACGUACACCAAGAGCUCGCACCUCAAGGCGCACCUGCGCACGCACACGGGUGAAAAACCGUACCAGUGCUAUUGGAACGGGUGCGGUUGGAAGUUCGCCCGGUCCGAUGAGCUGACCCGGCACUUCCGCAAGCAUACCGGUGACCGGCCUUUCAAGUGCCGGCUGUGCGACCGCGCAUUCUCCCGGUCCGACCACUUGUCGCUGCACAUGAAGCGGCACAACGUCUAGCGAGCAGCGGAAGUAUAUGCAAUCGAAAACAACGGCGCAUCGAUUUUUUCGCAAUUAUUACCGACAGCAGAAAACAAUUUAUGUUCACCACGACUAUCGUAUAAUAAUACCAGUGUAGUGUCGCACGUUUUUUUGAUUUUCCUCGUUAUCGUGCCAUGCAAUAAUAAUGCGUAUACAUAUUAUAAUAGCCGUAACGAUUGUAUUAUAUAAUAAUAAUUAUUAUUAUGUUUUACAUAUUAUAUAUUCUAUAUUUUCUUUCUUUUCUUACUUAGCAGUAGUAGUAUUAUAAUAUGGUAUGAUAGAGUAGGUAGUAUUUUUACUUACACGUAGGUGGUAAUAAUAAUAAUAUUAUUAUACCUUCAUAAUGAACUUGUACAUUUUUUUUCCAUCAUUCUUUUAUUGCUCGGCUGGUCUGUGGCGGUCCGACGACGGUGCCCACUCGUAAACAGUGCAUUAUAAGUACCCAGUGUGAGCAUGAUAUUAAAUAUAAUAAUAAUAAUAAUAAUAAUAAUUGUAAAACGUGUUCAAACGCCACAGCCGCGAUUAUAUGUAAAUACGAUCCGGACGCGCGUGUGUCGUUGGCUGCAAUAUAUAUUACUAUCGCGUACGACGACGUCUAUGAUAAUAAUAAUAAUAAUAACAGUCUUAAGUCAUGGUCCGUGUCCAAAGUCUUUGAGAUUUGUGUACUGGUCAAUCGGUGUCCAGACGUCGUCGUGGAAAAACCUACCGGGAAAUCCCAUCCUCCAUCACACGCGUUCAUUUCUUUCGAACCGAAAACGUUCACCGAUCGUCGUUGUUUUUUUCGAGUGUUUAUCGCAUGAUUUCGACAGUGACGUUGUUAGAGUUCGGCACUAAUGUGGCGGAUUUCCUCGUUUCGCACUUCAACCGACCCCCUAGUCGUACUUUCCACGCGCGAUGGCUUUUCGGAAAACGUCAAUUUGUUUUAAUACUGACGUUCGGUGAGCGGUCGAUCACAAAUCGUCCGCAACGAUGUUUAACUAGAAAAUUAUUUUUCACGUUAACAAACAUUACGUAAAAACAAGUACAAACACACUAAAAAAAAAAAAAACGUUUAAAUUUAUCAUUUCACUCACACGUCGUGGUGUUCCCCUACCAAAACCACGAGCCCAACCACGACUACUUAUCGGCCUCACACGUUUAGCAGAGAGCGAGACUUAAUACAUUUUUAAAUAAAAACCGUCGUCGCCAAACGGUGUAUGCUCUCUUUAACCACUCUGUAUAUAUAAUAUACAAAUCACCAGAUGAUCUCGUCACCGGAAUAACGUCACCUAAUGUUAUGAUUUCGCUCGACACUGUCGUUUUUAUAUACCGUCUGUAUCGUGUUCUCGAAAAACCAUUUCGAAUUUUGAGGGGUUGCAUAUUUUUAUCAUCAGUCACAUUUGCGUGUCUAGGUUUAUUAUUUUUCGUCAUAUUAUAAAUCUCACGCUAUUGUUCCCAUGUAUAUUCAUAAUUCAUUUGUUUGAUAACAUUUAAUCCAACAGUUUUUAUUCUCAUCGAAUAAAGCUUAAAAAAAAUUGCCUGUAUCUCAGAGCUAUAAUUUAUAAUACGUCGCUUAGAGAGUUUUUUUUAUUUUCCACACAAUAAUAUUAUUUGCUACAACGGUCUGCGAAUGACCAUCCCAAACCGAUUAAAUAGUACCUAUAAUAAACACCUUAAACACACGCGUGAGGUACACUCCUUUAAACCCACGAAACGUAAUUUGCCCCAACACUGUUCCGUACGACGACAAUUGAAGACAACUACCGCUAAAUCAUCAACGUGCCAUGGAAGAAACUGCCCCCCCCCACCCCC